AUGGAAGUAACAACGAAGUACAUAACAAUCAAGAAUCACAUAGAUGGAACGCCACAAGAGUCAGAUUUUCAUGUUAAAACUGCUGUUCUUUCCCUAGCAGUUGAGCCUGGAUCCAAUAAUGUUAUUGUCAAAGUACUGUAUUUAUCGGUCGAUCCGUAUCAGAUAAACCGAAUGAAGAGACACAGCUCCACGCAGAGAGCUGUAGAUUUUGCAGUUGGCAUAACUCCUGGUGAGGAGGAUUUGGUUGCUGGGGUAGUUACAUGGGGAGAGCAUAGCAUCAUCAGAGGGGGUAAUAUGCUGCGUAAGCUGGAUCCCAUGGGCUUUCCAUUGUCCUACAAUCUUGGAGUUCUAGGACCCAGUGGACUUACAGCCUAUUGUGGGUUCUUCCAAGUUUGUAAACCAAAGAAGGGUGAGAAAGUGUUUGUAUCUGCUGCUUCUGGAUCAGUUGGUUAUUUGGUUGGACAGUUUGCUAAGCUUCUUGGAUGCUAUGUUGUUGGCAGUGCUGGAAGCAAUGAAAAGGUAGAGUUGUUGAAAGAGAAGCUUGGUUUCGAUGAUGCAUUCAACUACAAAGAAGAAACGGAUCUCAAGUCAGCACUCAAAAGGUUAAAAUCCCCUCUUAAUUUUUAA